GAGUGUAUGACACAGGCUACUUCUUUUUCUUGUUUCUUUUUAUCUGUUGAUUUGUUGGAUAUACAGAAACUAUGUACAUAUAUAUAUACAUGAGAUCGAUUUGCUAGCUAGUUCGCAACAACUAAUGGAACGUUUUUCUUUGGUUUCCCCUGCAUUUUCUGAAUAUUUCUGAGUUCUGACUGCUGUGAUGCAUAUUGAUGUUUUUUUUUAAACCCCGCGGGGUGUAUUUGUAAAGUAGGGGGAAAAACUGUACAAUAGCCCAGGGGCUAGGAGAUUAUAAUAAGAAAGGAAAAAGAAAGCGGGUGGAGGGGGGUGCAGCUGAUGAGUCUAAUUUAUGUAAUAUCGGUUAUGCUUCCAUGGGACAAAUCAAAUUUAGAAUUACAUUGAUGUUAGAAUUACAGAUCAAAUUUACUACCUUUUAAUUACGAGAUGAUCAGCUAGAUACAAAAUAUAAAGAGGUUAGCAAGAUAUGCAGCAUAAUUUGGUCCUUGACAACGCGCGAUAUCUGAGACACAUUGAACACCUUGAGAAGAUGAGACAAAUACAUGAUUUCUAUUUCAUAAAAAAAAAAGAGGAAACAAUUAGGCAAUUUAGGGUCAGUGCUUGGAGAAGAAGUUGGUGGUACAAUGCAUUGGAUCAAGAGAGAGAUGUAAAUGGGAUAGGGAACAUUUGACCGUUGACUCUGGAUCGUUGCCGUGCCCUCCUCCGAAGCUGGCGACACGCAUACAGAUACAGCAAGUUGCAGGCUGUUUACGCGUUGCAGUAAGGAAUAAGUUCACUUUAGGUCCCUCUUGUCGCCCAGUCUGAACCGCAAAACCGGAUAUAACGCAUCCCCAAACUUACAAAACCAGUGCACAUAAGGUCCUAAGGCGGUUUGGAUAGCGGUUUUGGCUGACGUGGCGCCUACGUGGCUGGUUUGGCUAGGUCUCCGUUCCACGUGGCAAUGACGUGGCACUUACGUGGCAAUUAUAUCUCGAAAAAAUAAUAAAAACCACGGGCCCACAUGUCAACUACACAAAAAAAUAAUAAUUUAGAAAUGGUGGGGCCCGCGUGGACCCACAUGUCAACUACACAACAAAAUAAAUGUGAUGGGGCCCAUAUGGGACCCCACAUGUCAGUCGGUAGGCUGUAGCAAUUUCUUUCUCCUCUCCCUAUCUUCCCCUAUCAGCCAUUGCCGCCGACGAAGAAGCUUCGCGUGGGUGGUAGAGCGGGCGCGGAGUGGGGGGCGGCGGCGGGCGGAUGGCGGCGCGGCGGAUCCUCGCGACCACGUACGGCUUCGUCUUGACAGCGCCGACGACGCGAAACCGGUCGCCGCCGACGCACCCCACCUCGCCGGCCGCCACACCGCCCCCCACUCCCCUGCCGGAGUACACGACGCCGAACCUGGUGACCUCCUCCUGGAGCACUGGAGCAGCAUGUGCACCAUGAUCCGGUACCUGAACUCGAACACCUGGAGCUGCACCGUCGUGCCGGGAAAGACCAUCGACAGGAACAGCACGAUGGGGAUCUCCGCCGCCUGCUCCUGCCGCGGCGCCCUCGUCCACGCAGCCGUGCAGGCAUUUAUAGUAAGAUUCCACCGUGCUCCGGCGCCGCCUCUCUCCGGCGACACUUGCGGCGAGCCCUGCCAAUACCAGGCUUUGGCCGCAGAGAAUUCUGAGACGACGACGACGAAGAAGAAGAACUGAUGAUGCUGCG